UAGAAAUUGCACACAAACAUUUGAUAUAUAAACUCGUCUCGCCAUUUGUUUGAUCACCAACACACAGGAAAGUUAAGCCGUUGAGCUCGAACAAAGUAAGGAGAGUGCGCGCGCUAGCCAAAAAAAUGUUUAGCUUCGCAUUGCCAGCCGUUCCUCUCUUCGUUCUUGCCAUCGCCACGCUCCACAUUCCCGCCACCCACGCGCAGAUGCCCUCCGCGGCGACGACAGGCGCCGCCGUCUCCGCGACCAACCCACAGUCCGGCGCCGGCGGCGUACACGAGCCCCUGGAGCUGUACAUUCACGACAUCCUCGGCGGCUCGAGCCCGACGGCGCGGCCCAUCACCGGGUUGCUCGGCAACAUCUACAACGGGCAGGUCCCCUUCGCGCGGCCCAUCGGCUUCGCGACGCCCAAGAACGGCGUGCCGAUCCCCAACUCCAACGGCGCCAUCCCCACCUACAACGGCAACAACGGCAUCCCGCUGGACACCGGCCUCGCCGGCGCCGGCUUCGCGCAGCCAGCGAAGGGCGGCGGCUCGGCGCAGGUGCAGGUCGGCCCCGACGGGCUCAGCCUCGGGUUCGGCACCAUCACCGUCAUCGACGACGUCCUCACGAGCGGGCCGGACCUCGGCGCGCAGCCGCUCGGCCGCGCGCAGGGCGUCUACGUGGCGAGCGCCGCCGACGGGUCGGCGCAGAUGAUGGCGUUCACGGCGAUGAUGGAGGGCGGCGAGUACGGCGACACGCUCAACUUCUUCGGUGUCUACAAGGUGGGCUCCGCCCUGUGCCGGCUGUCCAUCACCGGCGGCACCGGCAAGUUCAAGGGCGCCGGCGGCUUCGCCGAGGUGCGGCCGCUGAUCGCCUCCGGGCAGCACGUCACCGACGGCGCCGAGACGCUGCUCAGGAUCACUGUCCAUCUCGCGUACUAGCUGGAUGAAGUGCUCGACCAUC